AGCAUGGUGGACUGGAUGUGCUGCUUGGUGAGGGUGUAAGCUGCUAGAGCCGCCGCGGCGCAGCAAGGCCGGCCGCCGGGUACUUCCUGUGGAGGCCGCAGCAGGCGCGAUCGCCGAGGACCAGCCAGCUGAGCCUGCCGCCGCCGCCAUGGGCCAGAACGACCUGAUGGGCACGGCCGAGGACUUCGCCGACCAGUUCCUUCGAGUCACCAAGCAGUACCUGCCUCAUGUGGCACGCCUCUGCCUGAUUAGCACCUUCCUGGAGGAUGGCAUUCGAAUGUGGUUCCAGUGGAGUGAGCAACGUGACUAUAUUGACACCACCUGGAGCUGUGGCUACCUGUUGGCCUCAUCCUUUGUUUUCCUCAACCUGCUGGGACAGUUGACUGGCUGUGUUUUGGUGCUGAGCAGGAACUUCGUGCAGUAUGCCUGCUUUGGGCUGUUUGGAAUCAUCGCACUGCAGACAAUCGCCUACAGCAUUUUGUGGGACUUGAAAUUUCUGAUGAGGAACCUGGCUUUAGGAGGAGGUUUGCUGCUGCUCUUGGCAGAGUCCCGCUCGGAAGGGAAGAGCAUGUUUGCUGGUGUUCCCACCAUGCGUGAGAGCUCCCCCAAGCAGUACAUGCAGCUUGGAGGAAGGGUCCUCCUGGUCCUGAUGUUCAUGACCCUUCUUCACUUUGAUGCCAGCUUCUUUUCUAUCGUCCAGAACAUUGUGGGCACAGCUCUGAUGAUCUUAGUAGCCAUUGGCUUUAAAACCAAGCUAGCAGCUUUGACUCUCGUCAUCUGGCUGUUUGCCAUCAACGUGUAUUUCAACGCCUUCUGGACAAUCCCGGUCUAUAAACCCAUGCAUGACUUCCUGAAAUAUGACUUCUUCCAGACCAUGUCAGUGAUUGGAGGCCUGCUCCUGGUGGUGGCUCUUGGCCCAGGAGGUGUCUCCAUGGAUGAGAAGAAGAAGGAGUGGUAACAUACAGACCCCUCCCCUCCUUGGCUGAGGCACAAGGCCCUGGACUGAUUCAGGGUAGAGUCAACAAACUGCCAGCGUUUUAUGUGUCCUCUUCCCUUCCCCCUCCCUUGGUAAAGGCACAGAUGUUUUGAGAACUUUAUUUGCAGACAACUGAAAAUUGAAGGUAAAAUCUUUGGAAACAGUCUGGAGUCUGACUGUCCAGGGCUGGCCAGCUGGACAGUCAUUCCUUAGCCAAGGCUUGGAGUAGACAGUGUGGUGGGCUAUGGUCUCAGUCCUGUCUUUGAGUUCCUUUUUGGGGGUGAGGGACUUCAAGUUGUACUGAGCUGUACUUUAUCAUUCAAAGCGGUUUCCCUUUUUAGUUUUAAGUUUACAUCCUUAGCUCAAACUACUAAAUGACUUAGGAUGGUCCAGCCAAACACCAAACAGUUAAACCUCCAGUUCAGAAUCUUACCAGUGGCCCCAGCAUUGCUUUUGCCAUGUAUUAUAGGAUCAGUGAAGAUGUUAGAGAAACACCAAGCCUAGAGAACAGUUCAGUAUUGGAGAGGUGGGUGCUACUGCUGGCCCAAGUCCUUGAUGUCAGUGGGUUGGAUGCCAUUUACUGGGUGAAAGGUACCCUGGGAGUUUUCAUGGCUCCAAACAGGGAUGGGGUGGAGUCAGGCAGAAAGUUCUUGGUUUGGGUACUGCUAGCCCUCAAGCGUGGUUGUGGGAGGGCAGGAGAGCAAGGUGCUCACAGGAUGACUCUCAACCACCAUGGAACAAGCCUGGGAAGCAGUAAUGCCUUGGGGCACAGAAGUAAGGAGCCCCAGGACUCAAGACACCCAGGCUCAACCCAGUUACCUCACACUUGACCUUCUCAGAGCAAGGCCUGGACCUCACAGGCCAUGCUCCAACCUCCCUAAAAGCCCCGGCUUGACUCCCUGUUCUAGGCUGAAUUCACCCAUUGAUGCCACCUGAUGCUUGCUCAGAUUUUUGUCAACUUCCUCUGCUGGAUGCAGCCAAGAUACUUUUUACAAUGUGUGAUGCCUUACCAAUUUGAUCUCAGUCCUGUAUUUAAAGUUUUCUAACAUUGCCUUA